AUGUCAGUUCAAGAAAUUAAACAGUGCCUAACUCUACUCAAGCAGGCUCUAUCAUGUCCGAUAUGUCUGGACGACCUAAAACAGCCGGUGAUCACGCCAUGUUCACACAUCUUUUGCGAAUUUUGUCUCGAUGAAUAUAUGCUGAAAAAACGUUCCAUCAGAUGCCCUAUUUGCAAUAAGGAUAUCUCAAAAAGGGCGCUCACUUCGGCUGAAAAAUUUAAGCAAAUCGCCUCAGUGGGUAAGAAGAUUAUCGACGAUUUUGUUGAGGAAAGCAAAAAUGAAUUCGUUCCUGUGACCAAGUUUGAACAACUUCAUCUAAGCCAAGAAUUCAGUCAAGCUCAGAUUCCGAUGACACCGGAAAAGGGUACACCGUCUACAAUCAAUAUCCAACCCUCACUUGUGCCCCAAUCGUUCAGUUUGAACACCUCUUCUUCAAAAUUGAGCUGUGAGGAACAGUUACCUUUUGAAUCAGAUAGUUAUGGCAACUUUGUCAGUUUUAGUUGA